AUGGAUACAGAGAAAGCUGGAGGAAUUAGCCUGCUGCAUGAUCUAUCUAUCAGUCAGAAAGGAAAGCUCGUAUGGACCUCGUCUUUUGAAGCUUUACAAAGUUUCGUCAGCGAAGCGUUAAAUUUGACUGAUGGAAAAUGGUCGACGCCGGGAGGGCAUGCAAAGUUGUACGAAAACGAGAACAUAGCUAUUAGAUGGUACUCUGAUACUAAAUCGAUUACACUUAGUGGCAAUCUCGCAAAAGAAUUUGAAGAGAAGCUCAAAUCGAUAGCAUCUAUAUCACAAGACUUAGCAAACGAAGGCUUGUCUUUUGUCAGCCGUAACGAAGCCGCCGAAGGAGUUCAAACAACAAACGAUUGUGAACAUUCCCUUGAGGCCUCUUUCAAACUAAUAAUCAAACAACUAGAGAGCCGAAUGCUAAUGUUAUCAGAAGAUUUUUUAAAAAAUACGCUAGCUAUUAACAACACGCUACUUGAUCAUUCCGACCAACUCAACGGCCUCAAAAACCAAGGCAAGGAAAAGUUAUCUGCACUUGAAAUAGGAAACCAUGAACUUAAAGUCCAAAACAGUGCUUUGGAGGAAAGAAUGGCCAAUUUGGCUUACAUACUGGCCGACCUACAAGGCAAGCUUAAAAACGCUGAAGAGGAAAAAGCAAGCCUAAUCACAGUCAUUAGACUGUUGAACAAUAUUAAUGAGUCUAACGAUUGCGCGGGGGAUCAAAUUGAUGCUAAUUUAGCAGUCGAACAAGAACAACAAAAUCAAACUAGUGAAUAUUUUCAACCAAAUAUUCCAGUGAAAAAUUCUUAUAUGGCUCUCAACGUAGAAGAAACAAUCGACGAACCCUCAAUCAGCGAGUCCAGCCAACAGUGUGCUCAUCAAAGUGAAAAUACAAAACGAGCACAAAAUUUGACUACAGCAACAAGAUAUAACGAGCGGAAUCCAAAUCGAGCACAAAAUACUCCUAGAUCAACAAAAUAUGACAAGCACAAACAAACUGUUGCUAUUUUCGGAGACUCGAUGAUCAAACACAUGAAUAAAAAGCGAUUGCAAAACGGCCUAAGCUACAAUAUCAAGUUAAAGACAUUCCCUGGUGCUACAGCUGCUGAUAUGGCCCAUUAUAACCCUUACGAAAAUGUUCUAUAG